GCCCUUCUUUUUCUUUGGAAGAAUUCUUGUAUUACUCAAUCAAAUCACAGGUACAGUCACGCUUAACAGAGUCCAAAACGACCUUCGGUCCCGACCCAAGCCAUACAACAGUUCAGCCUUGAGUCCUCCCAAAGUUUGCCAAAACAUGACUAAAAUUAUUACAACCUCGUCGAAUAUAUGAGUAAUACAAGAACUACGUUCGGUCAUACUAUCUUUAAUCUCUCUAACAAGAAAGGCGUAUUUUAAUCUGUUUGUAUCUCCACUUUUCACCAUGUUGACUGCCUCCAAACAUUGCCCUUCUUGAUUGAAUAUCAGAUUACAACGAGUGCACGCGGUGGUCACAGGAAGAAAAUAGUUGCUAUGGUGAAUGUAGAAACACGGAAGGAUCCUUCAUGUGCCGGUGCCCGCCAGGAACCACCGGCAACUACUCCAUAUUCGGUGGGUGCGUUAACGCUUCUGCGACCGUUACAGGUUAGCUUACUUAAUUUCUGUUUCUCCACGCAAUAUAACUUAUGUUUCAACAAAAUGAUAUAUGUUGCCACUCUUUGGAAGGUACUUGUGCCACAUGGUGCGGGGACGUGGAGGUGCCGUACCCGUUCGGCAUUGGCCCAUCCGAGUGCUACUGGCCAGGGUUCAACCUCACAUGCAACAGAGACCAUGACCCUCCACUGCUGCUCCUGGGCAACCCCGACCUCCGAGUCGUCAAUAUCUCCCUUGCCAACUCCACGGUGCGCAUUGUCCGAACCAACGCCCUCAUAAGACGUGGCGACAAUUCAACGUCGGCAACGCCUUGGUACUGGCCCUUGAUCGGUAACCCAUUUCUUUUCUACGGAGAGGAACCUUACUCCUUGUCCACCAGCAACGAGCUCGUGGUCACGGGGUGCAACACGCAGGCGAUGCUAUUUGGGCACGGUGACCCAGCCAUCAUCAGCGGAUGCGCCUCCUUCUGCUCCCACAACGACACCCACAUCACCUUUGGUAGCGGCAAAUACUGCUACGGCAUGGGGUGCUGCCAGGCGCGUAUCACCGAAUCCAUUGAUGGAAUGCCCAAGGAGCUGCUUUUCAAAUGGUUGGACGCCUACGUCGCUGAAGACUUGAUACCAUUGCCAGCCUUCGUGUUUAUCGCAGAGGAAGGAUGGUUUGACCAGAAGAGUGUCGCCGGCAAACUGAUGCGGAAAGAUCGGGAACUGACUUCGGCAGCUGCUAUGGAGGUUCCCAUUCUUCUUAGGUGGGAAGUCCUGCAUAAUGGCUUAUCACCCAAAGUGAGCUCACGUCCGGACGGCGACCUCUGCAAGAGCAAGCACAGCCAGUGCAAACUUGGGAACAGAGGCUAUACCUGCCACUGCAACGACGACGACGGAGGCAACCCAUACGUCCCCAACGGAUGCAAAGGUUCGUUCAAUUCCAUCGAUCGUUAA